AUGUCUUUUCCUCCAGGCAAAGCGUCUGAUAAAAAUAAACGGUUUCAAGUUAGUAAAUCAAAUGAGUUUGUAACGAAAAGUAAAUCGAACGAUAACCCAAAACCUGCGGCUCGUUCGCAAUCUGGGUGGCAAAGUUUUGGGAAACCAAGUAGCCGACGAAUUCCACCUCCAGCCAAUUUACCAAGUUUACGAAGUGAAAUCGGAACAGGCAAUGGACCAGCACUUGAUCCGAAUGUACCCAUUGUACCGUCAGGUAGUCAUGGAUGGUCAAGUGGAGGACCAUCGUCAUCGUCAAAUACAACACCCGCUAAUCAAAAUUUAUUAUCCACCACAGCAACAGCGGCCGGUGUACAAAUACAAAAUCAUCCAGCGACACCGAUUAAAUCGCAAUCAGCACCGCAAGAUUCAUCGGCUGCUGUUGGUGGGGCAUCGUCGUCAAAUAAAGCGGCUACAUGGAGUACAAUAACAGCCGGUAUUGAGCCACCUAAUCUACCAAAUUUACAGGAUUUUCCACGUUUAUCUACACCAGAUGGGAAAAGUAUGACAAGUAGUACACAGAGUGGAACUAACGUUUCGAAUAAAAAACCACAACAGUCAAAUGAUCAGUCAUCUUUAAACAACAAUGUACUCAGUUCUUUAACAAAUUCAAAUACAAGUGGACCAAGUUUAAGACCGGCGAAUAUCGCAUCAUGGCGUGAAGGUGGUGGACGCGCACAACCAUUACUGACCGAUCAGAAAGAUGUACCAACAAAUCAGGCUGAUUUAUUAUCACGUUCACAGCAAGAAUAUCCUUCAAAUAAUUUAGGUGUACAGAAUUCAUCGUUAACAGCACAAAACAAUGUACUACUUGGAAAUGGACCUGCAAAUUUAAUACCACCUCAAAUGCCGUCUGGCACCCAAUUUUUGCGCAUGUAUCCACCACAACAUCCUCAACUAUGGGGUUAUCCACAAUAUAGUUCCUAUGGUCCACCAUUUGGUGCGCCUCCUCAAAUCUCAAUGCAAAUGCAUCGUCAACCAUUUGGUGUACCUCCACCACAAAUGCAUCAGUAUCAGACCCAUCAUCAUCCGCAGCAGCAGACUCAAAGACGUGAUCAUCAACAAAUUGACAGCGGUGAUUAUAAAACUCCGAAUAUUUUGCAUCAAAAAGAACUAGAUGCCUUGUCAAAAUUAACUGACAAUGAUACAUGGGCCAAUGCAUCACAAUCCGUUGAUUACAGUGAAAAACUACAAUUUAGUGACAAUGAAGAUAAUGCGGAUACAACAAAUAAAUCAGAACAUCAAACAAGACAACGAACUAAUAUUCAUCAACAACAACCAUAUUAUACUCAGCGACAAAAUUCAGAUUCUGGUUAUUCUCAGUCAAGAUACAACACGAAUCGUCAAUCAAAUCAGCAGCUUCGACAACAAACACAACCCCCUUAUCACCAAACACGUUUAAUACAAGAUGAUGAACAUCAAUGGAAACAAUUACAAGAAAAAACAAACACAGAAUUACAAAAUACAUUAGCCAUAGCUAUACAACGGCGAGUGGAAGAAGAACGUAAAUUGGAUGCCGAUACAAAAAAGAAAACUUCGUCAUCAUAUGAUGAUGAACAACAAAAACAACAACAACGUCGCGAAACCGAUUCCAAAUCUCCUGCAAUAUCAAAAAAUCAGCAACAAGAGUCAAAUACAAAUGUUAGUGGGAGCAAACAUAUUCCAGGUUAUCAAACUCGUCCAUUAUCAGCUUCGACUGGUGGUAAUGGUAAUAGUCAAACAGAUAUACCUUGGAGACCAACAACUUCUCGAACUCGUCAAGAUACAAAUGAGAGUCAAACAUUUUCAAUGGCUAGUUGGCAUGAACAAAUGGAGAGUUUUAAUUAUGCAUCGUUGCAUGAAAAACCCACGGGUGCUGCACCAACCGAAAGUGAUCACGAAAAUGAUAGUAAAAAGUACAGCCGUUCACGUAGUGAAUCUAGUUCUCGUUCACAAUCACAAGUUGGUAUUCCAAUUACGAGUAGUCGAAAUCGUAAAAAUAAUGAUCGUUAUUCAAUUCAACAGCGCCCAAAUCCUAAUAAUAAUACCGAACAACAACGUGAUAUUGUUGACCACUGGGACGUUGGCACUUCCGAACGUGAUAAAGAUAAUGAUGAAUGGGAGAACUUGGAAGACAAUGUUACUUCAAGUAAAACUCAUACUAAACAAACACAGCGAAAUGGAGUUAAAAUUCAACAAGAUCCAUUUGCCGAUGUUGAUACAACAUCAAAUCGAUAUCGUCAACAGCAACAACAAUCGAACAUAGAUAAACGAAAUAAUUUUCAACAAAGUCGCGGAAACAACAAUCGAAGUUCUUACAAUACCCAAUCGUCACGAGAACAAAAUCAUUACGGCAGAAAACAACAGUCUGAAAGAAACAAUAAUAAUAAUAUAUCAACAACAGAUAAAUCUAAGUCACGUUUACAAGUUGAUCCAAAUAAUAGACAACAGCAUUCAUCAGGUGCUCGUGUUUACAAUACAGAUAAUAGUAAAUCCUCGACUCCCGAUGCUCAAUCUGUUAAUAAUGAAUUUGAAGUAUUAGCUGCUCCACAAAGACAAAAUUCUUCAAAUCAGAAAAAUCAAUCACAGUCGCAACGUGAGACAACCGAAAUGAAACAAGCAAAACAGCCAUGGAAAUCACUAUCACCCACACGAAUAUCUGACCAUGAUUCUGAACAUUUAAUGUUGUCAUCUAAAGAUCCUACACCAUCUGAAGCUGUCAUAUUAAAAUCUCAACAACGUGAUUUAGAUAAUCGUGGUAGUCGAAAUGAUGAUCAACAACAGUAUCAAUAUAAUAAUCAACAACAACAACGUGGUGGUAUAAAACAACAAACACGUUUUAAUCAACAGAAUAAUACAUCGACAAUUCAGCCUCUAAUGAGUUUGCCGUCCGAUACAAAACAUUUGAGACAAAAAAGUCAGCAAUCACAACAACAACAGCCUCAACAACGGCAGCAAGAUAGCAGACGUGGCACACGUGAUAAUCAAUAUCAGCAACAGGAAAGACAUCCAAAAGAUUACGAUCAACGUAGUCAAUCUCAUCGUAUGACACAAAAUGAUUAUUAUGGACAAGAGAGUGGAGAAUAUGAUGAAUAUGAAUAUGAAGAGUAUGAUACACAAGGCUAUCAUCAUCCGGGUGUAAAUACCAGACAAAAUCAACAACAAAUGAGAUCUUAUCCUCAAUUACAUCACCAUCGAGGUUAUCCUACAUUAGGGACCUAUGGGAGAUAUAGACGGGGAGGUCGACACCAAUAUGGAAGUACAUCCGGCACAGGUGGUGUCGGUCAAAUCGCUUCAGCUUCAGCCAAUAUAAAUAAUGCACGCACAAAAAAAUAUUCAUCGAGUCGAACAGCUCCGACAACUACAACAAAACCGGUUCCAGCACCUGUUUCAACUACUCAACGCUCAUCGUUAAGUAAACAAAGUACAAUCGAGUCUACUCCGAGUACACCUACGGCAACCACCGAACAAUCAUCACCCAAAACACAGCAAACCGCUAGUCAAAGAUCAUCUACAACAAAGAGUACGCCCUCACCAAAACAAAUAUCAGUUCAACAAACUCGAAGAGAAAAUGCUUGGGUAAAUAAUACAAAUACAAAUACAAAUAAAGCAUCCGAUCAAAAAAACGUGCAAGCAAGCAUCGACAUAGCCAAUGGUGGUAGUAAUACUCCCAGUGUCGAUGCUACUAUUCAAGAACAACCAACAUCUUCAUUAAAUGAGCAAAUACCAUCUAUAUCUGAUACUGAACAAAAAUCUAUCUCAACAGCUGGUAAUCAAGAACAAACAUCUAUUGAAAAUAAAUCUCAAACACCUGUUUCUGGAUCUACAGCUGAAAAUAUUGCACCGAUUUCUAGAACGCAUACACCCACGGAGGGAAAAGAUAAUAUAAAUGAAUUACCACAAACGAAUGAAUCUAUAAGGAAAAAUGUUCAGUUACAACAGCAUCAACGAACAAAUAAUCAUCGUGGCAGAUAUAAUGAUCAGAGACAGCCACCAAGAUAUAGAAAUGCCUAUGCAAGAAAUAUGCAACAAGAAUAUCAAGCAAUGCAAUCUGCGAACAGUUAUUAUGGAAGACGUGGUCAGAGUGGAGGUCGAUUACAAAUGCAAGAUGUCAAUUAUUAUUAUGAACAGCUACACUCACAUCAAUAUAAUCAUGCGGGUUCACGUUAUGGUAAUCAGUCUAUGGGCGGUCAAGAUACUCGUCCUUUAAAUACUCGAGGUAGAGGACGCGGUGCUACUACUUCAAAACGCGGUAAUUUAAAUCGUAAUGGUAGUCAUCGUUCGACAAGUGGUGUCGUCGGUACUUCUGAUACAAUAGCAAAUAAAAGUCAUCAAUCAUUUGUAAAUGGUUCACGUGGUUCACAAGUAUCAUUAUCAGCAAAUUCAACAGACGAUAAAGAAGAAGAUUGGGAAACAGCAUCAGAAUCCAGUGCAAAAAUGCGUAACGGAAAUAAUUACGAACGUAGUGGUAAUGGUGUUGGUUUAGUUAAAGAACGGGAAAAUAAUACAAUAGUAAAUGAAAAACUAGGCAAUCGAAAUCGAACGCCACCAAGAAAAAGUUAUUCUAGUCAAAGACCAGCAAAUAACCGUUAUCAAUCCGGUUACAAUGAUAAUAGACGAUAUUAUUCGUAUGAUCGUGCAACAACACAAAAAUCUGGACGGGGCACGAAUUAUAAAGCCCAACAACCACAACUGCUAUCAUCAAAUGAACAAAAUAGACAGCAGCAACAAUCGACUGUUAAUGAAACACAGUCCCAAAAACAAUCGACGUCUGCAACGACUGGAUCAACUACAAAUUCUCAACAACUUCAACCGGUGAAAAAAGAUUAUCGUCAUUCCGUUGAAGGCUACGAUUUGAAUAAUGUUGCUGGUGUGGUAAAAGUUGAAACAUUACCAGCCGGAGCAUUAGAAGAAGAAGGCACAUUGGCUGAUGAUGGCGAAGAAUUUAGUGUUGUUAUGUCAAGAAAAGAACGUAAAGAACAAAAAGCAGCCCAAUUACGACUAAAUGCUGCUGAAACAAAAGACGACUCGUCACAGCAACAUCAUGAUCAACUUGAUAUCACGAAAUCUCAGCAACAGCGUACACAUAUAUCAAAUAAUAAACAAGCGCAAGAUACAUCUCAGACAGUUUCUUUGAACAAACAGGACGAGAAAUCAUCAAAUGAUGCUACUAUUGCUAGUACUUUGACAAGUAAUGAUAACGAUCCAUCGAGUACUACGAACGUGAACGACACUACAUCAUCAUCUCGUACUCGAGCAGAAAAAUCUGUUCCACCUCGAUUUAACAGUAAAUCAUCUGGUAGUGGUCAGCAUUCAUCAUCGUCUUAUUAUUAUGAUCAACUCUAUUAUUAUUAUGGUAGUUCCUAUGAUAAUCGUUACUAUAAUUCUUAUGAUACAAGGCGUCAAGGACGCAAUCAUGGCGUUUCCAAGCAAAGCCAUCCGAAGAAUACCCACCAGAGAUACGAUCAAAGUAUUGAAAAUGAUGAGAAUCAACAAGAGAAAAAAAAUGAACAUCAAAAACAGGUAAAAACAAAUAUCAGAGAACAAUUAGGAUCACCAUCGGUACCUACUACCAAUUCGACAUCUAUGGAUAAAAUUAAUAAUGAAACAUUAAUGAUUUCAACAACAAACAACACAUUACCAAAUGUUAUGACAAAUAUUCAAAUGUGGGAUAAUUCCGUUGUUAAUGAGACAUCAUCAACAGCAAGUAAAAUAAUCGAAAAACCUUCAUCGUCAAUAGCGUCCUCAUUUCCUGGUGACAAAAAAUUCGCUGAACAUCAACCGAAUGAAUCGUCAAAUAAUAGUGGUGAAUCAUCAUUGCCACAUCAUCAACGAACAGCUGCUGAUCUUGGCUCAGAAUCAACUGUUAGAAAAAGUAAUGAAACGUUGGCACGUGCAAUAAAACCACCUGUAUCAGACGGAAAACAAGCACGCGACAAAAUUAAAGCGCCUGGCUACGAAAAAAAUGACUCAAUGUCUCUUGAUUCCAAUCAACUGUUUUCAAAAGAGGUUAAUUUCAUGACGGAUUACGAUGAUAAAAAUACUCCAGGUGACGAUUACAACCAAAAAAUUAAUAAGCUUAAAACAAUAUGGGAUGCUUCUGAUCAUUCUGGUAGUAGUUUCGAUGCUACAAUCAGUAGUAUGAUUAAUAUGCAACAGCAAGAGAAUUUGACCAAUACACAAUCGAAUGAUACUUAUUCUCAGUUGGAUAGCUCGAAUAAUCAACAAAAUUCACAAAAAUCAUCAUCAAAUGUCAAUGUAUCAUCGUCGUCAUCAGUUACAAAUACUCAACAAGGAAGCAAUAUUCAAGAUGAUAGCGGUAAACAAUCAAUAAUAACGCCAACAUCUUCAACAUCAAACAUCAAUCCCAAUAAUAAUAACAAUAAUUAUACAAAUCAAAAUAUGGGAACAAAGAAUGAACAAAAAAAUAUAUGCACAGUUAAGCCAACACAACAAGUAGUACCGAAUAUUCAAGAUAAUGGAAAUGUUGUCGAUGCUCCAUUUCCUACAUUUCAUCCAACGCCACCUCUAUCACAGCAACAAAUAAUUACAUCCAUUUCAUCACCACUUGCUCCACCUCAAUCAAUGCAGCAGCAACCUUAUUCAACGUAUCCUGUUUAUGAGAAUACACUAUUGCCACAGCGAUUUACUCAGAAUAGAUAUUCGCAGAGUUUUCCAGUUCACAGUCAACCAAUGUAUAUGUCUCCAGUACCAAGUACAAAUCUAUAUCAUAAUCCACAUUCACAACAAGCACCAAUAUCAGCAGCACAGAAUAAUUCAAUGCCACCACCGCCACCGCCAAUGAGUUCAUACUCCCCAUCAAUCAAUAAUGGUUCAUUAUAUAUGGCUCCUCAACAAACAAUGAUGAUGAGCCAUCCAAUGAUGACAAAUCGGAAUAUACAGUCACAGCAAACAAAUUCGUAUUACCCACGUCCCACUCGACCACAACAGGGAAAUACAUAUAAUACACAAGAUGCAUCAGCAGCCGCAGGCACUCCUCCCUAUUAUCAAGCUUUUCAUAAUCAAAGUUCUCCAGCCAUUUAUAGCCAAGGAGAAUCUUAUAAUCCAUUAGGAAUGUAUCGUGCAUCAUCAAUUGACCGUAAUGACCAUUGCACGUCUUCCAUGUUGCCCUUACAAGCUCCACCUCCUCCAUUACGAACAUCAAGUUUUCCACCGACACCAACAUCGAAUCAACCACCUUCUUUGGUACAAUCUCAAAAUCCUCAAAAGUAUCAAUUACAGCAAGGAAAUUCUGGCUAUUUAUAUCAACAUCAACCUCAAUAUGGUGGUAACGGAAAUCAUCAACAACAACAUCAACAAGGACCACCAGGUCCAAUUGGUAAUAAUAAUCGUAUGUUUGACAAUCAGCUACAACAACCGACAAAUAUUGGAUCAGGUAACAUUGAUUAUAUGUCAUUAGCACAACAUCCAGGAAAUAAUAAUAAUCUAUCUCGAUCACGUCCAAUGUUAUCACACGUUCAUCAACAACAAUUUUUUGGUGGUAGUGGAAAUAAUCAAAAAUCAUCGCCAUCAUUUCCGCUUGAAUAUCCACAGGUAUAUAAUCAGCCACAACAUUAUUCUGGCUAUACUCAUCCUCAUCCACAGCAACAAUCACAAUUGUCAGCUAACCAUACAAGACAAGCAUUACAUCAAUUUCAUGGUGGUGACAAAAAAUCCAAUGACAGUAAUAAACCAAAACAUAUGUAG